AUGAGCACGGUGCCCUCAGGCUGGUGCCUCAGCCGACCUCGGACUGGGGUGGGGGCGCUGCUGCAGGCCGGGGUCCCCCCACCUCCUCCAUCCCACUCCCCACAGGCCCUGCGGACAGGCGGGCCCUCCCAGGCGUCCAGCCCCAGGCCCAGCCCCACAGGGUCUCUGGGCUCAGGGAAGGGGCUUCUGUCCCUAGGAGGCUCUCCUGGCUCAGCCACGCCGGGAGCGGAGCGGGGACCCACCCCGCCUUCAGCAGGCCAGCUGUCAGCCCUCUCCUCCGGGACAACCCAGCGGCCCAGCCUCCCGAAGGCCGGUGUCUCCUGGGGCGAAGGCUCGGGGGCCUGGGUCCCCGUCUGCGAUCCCGGUGGGCGCUUCGGGACCGGGCGGCCGGGCCUAGCGAAGCGGGUCGGCGGGGCUCUGCCGGCCGCCCUGCGCCGCCUGCUGGCCGACAUCGGCCCUGCGUCCGCGGGCCUCGCUCGGGGCUCCCCGAAUCGCGGGCGCCUCGCGGCUCAGAGCCCCUGCCCCGAGGGGCCGGUAAGGGCAGAGGGAGGCGGAGGCGAGGUCCAAGUCCGCCGGCUGGCUUGCCCCGCACCCCUUCGUGCCGUCUGCGUUACCACGAGCAACCCGGCGACCCCUCAGCACGCCGGGCGCUGGGACACAAAACCCGACCCCCUCCCCCGGGUGCGCGGGAUUCACCGUUUCCCCCUCAGAGAGACGGGCGAGCGGCGCCCAGGGGCACGCGGAGGAGCGGGGCGCCCAGCCGCGGGAGCGCCCGGUUCGGGUCUCGCGCAGCCCCCGCCCCGCGAGCCGGUCCCGAGACGCCCGGCUCCCCCCGCCCUCCCCUCACCCCGUCUAGACCCCGAGCCCGGCCCCACGGUACCGAGCUCCCCAACCCGCUCCGCCCCGGGCCCUGCCGCAGCCCCUCGCCGCCUCCACCCCCUCCCGCCGCCUAGAGCCGCCCCUGCCCCCUCCGACCCCGGGCGCGUACCGGUCGGGGCCGGCGCGCACCCACCCUCGCCCCGCGGGCCUGAGCGCGCCGGGGCCUGUCGAGGCCGCUGGCAGAGCAGCGCCGGGGCGGGCCUGGGGCGGCGAGAGACUUCGGUGUGUGCAGCCCGGAGGGGCUCCAGGCAGCCCCCGAGCGAGCCAGGGCGGGGAGGGUGGGUGUCUUGGGUCCCCGCACCAACGCGCCCCGGAGGGGGCCGCGACCCCGGGUUCCCAGGCAGCACCCCAUCCCGGGCACUGGCGGCGCUCGCCGUGGUGUCUUCUAUUUGCACGGUACUCUGCGAGGGCUGGGCCCGCUCCCCCAAGCGGAUGAAAAUUCCCGGCGCGCGCGGGCGUCCAGGGCCGGUGGCGUCCCUUCCCCAGUCCGAGUCCUCCUGUGCCGGCCCUCCCCGCUCCUUCCCCGGGGGAGCGGCGACCCUCGGGGCGCAGAAAUUAGGAGAGAGUGGAGGGAGCCCGGCUCCUGGCAGGGUCCCCUCCGGGCCCCGCCCCGCCCCCUCGGGAAUCCAGCUCUCCCCGCCAAACAGCCGGGGGGCCGACGGGGCCGCAGGGGCGGCGAAGCCGAGCGCGCUGACACACGCGCCUGGAAUUCCCGGGGAGCCGGCGCCCUCGGCGACCCCUCCGCCCUGGGCCGGCCCCAGCCCGCGGGGGCAAGGAGAGGCCGGCUGCCCGACGGGGUGGGGCGGGCGCCGACCCCCUCCUCCUCACGCAGCUGCCCCGCCGGGUUCCUCCACGUGCUGUGGCCCGGCCGCCCUGAGGGUCCGGGAACCCCCAACCACCCCCCUCACCAAGGAGCGCUUUGCCACCUGGGAGUCCCAGCUUGUGUGGUGGGCCCAGCUCCUGGGGCUGGCAGCGGAAGGAGCAGGGGCCACAGGCUACAAGCUAAGAGGUGUCCCUGCGCUCUGGGCCCAGAGGCCAGCACAGGUGCGUCUGGAAGCCGCCACACCUGCAGCCCAGUGGCUCUGCACCCAGGGGCUCUGCCCAGCCAGCAGGGAACAGACCCUUCUGGGGAACUUCUAG